GAAACAAAAUGAAUCAACCAAAGUGAGUCACUCAAGCAUAAAGACUCCAGUGCCACUGUAUAUUAAACAUUGCACUAUUGCUACCUUGCAACCUGAUCCAGACUGCGGCUUUGAAUCUAACACUUGGCCAACCUGUGGAUCAAACAAGACACUUUGGUCCUCAUAUUCCUAUAUUCCCAGCGACAAUAGAGAUGGUUACUGUCCUUGAACUAGCUGUGUUGACAUCAAGCCAAAAUGUUUUAUGGGCCAUACGAAUGACAGUAAAUGAGCGAUAAGGAAUGUUGAAAACUAUGUUAGAGCAGUCAAUGUCUGUUCUGUGUGCUUGAAUAGCAGCUGACAUUAUCCUGGGUUUUAAGUGUUUUGAUGAAGUUCAUAUACCAACUAUUGAAGGUCUGAGAUAUUAUUCUCUGUUUGCCUUUGCAGUUUUCCGUCAACAGUACAUUACAUGAACUUAAAUACUUACUUCAUACAUUAAACUUCCGCCCCCCAACACUAGUUGGGGUACGAGUCUAUUAGAGAAUACUCACCUGAAUCACCUACAAAUGCAUUACUUCCCUAGCACCAGCUAGCCAUUCGCUGAAACUUCAUAAACUGCUAUGUGCCCUCCUCUGCCACACUACAACGUAUCAUUGCCGCCAUAAUUGUCCCCUUUCAAAAAUGUUCCAGUGUCAUAGCCAGAGUGGAGAGGACGGGAGGGAAUCUGUGAUUCGGGUAGGUAUUCCCUAGUAAACUAAUACCAUACUACUGUGGGGGGGAGUCUACUGUGUUCAGUACCUGAAUCACCUGCUAAUGCAGAAUAGCACUGUUUAUCGAAGGAGGGUUGGCAAGGACACACCAAUCUCAGGAUUGUAUGAUAAAUUCUGCUAAUGUGAUAGCAGAUCCAGGUUCAUACAAUUAAUAAUAUAAAUUGCACCUGAUCAAAGGGUACAUGGAAUCACACAUAAUAUAAAUUGUGAGAUCUAAAUGACACUCAGCCACAAAGGAUGCUAGAUAGAUGGACUUCUACAAAGUGGGGGUUGGGGGACUUUGGUAUUGCUGAUGUAAGAACUGCCCUGCUGUGGGUAGACUCUGUAAAAUACCUGCCACUGGACAGAGAGUAUACGUAGAAGGGAAUUUCCAACAUGCCACUUUGCAGAUGUCAGCAGUAGGCACACCCUUGAAAUAUGCCCAAAUGAGGCUAAUUUGUAUUUACAAAUUUGAUAGUGGCUAUUGCAGUGGGCAAUGGUGUUACGUGUCACUGGAAAAGGGGCUGAGUUGAAGUAAUAAAUAAUUUUCAAGUUCCGCGAUGGACAUACAGUAGGUGGCGAUAAACAUUCCCCCAGGCCCAGAGCUUCAAUGGUUGUGAUUUAAACUAAUGGGAACUGCUGCAAUAGCUAUUGCUACUUGAAGGCCCAAAUUAUAAAGAUGGAAGAAAAUCUGUAACGGUACUUAUAGAUGUAUCAGUUUGUGAUAAAGAUUGGUCUGUGCACCAAUAAUGAAACCCUGUGUCGAUUGUUGUAAAUCUCACCAUUGACAACCGCUGUUCUUGUGCAGCGGUGGCUGCUGCGUCGCUAUAAAGGCCUGUCAACUUGAAGGAUCAUUGCACAAGGGCCAGCAAGCCAGGUGGAAAAUCUCUGACUGUAAGUGUAGAAUCUUGGACUUUGGUUGGAAGAGGAUAUCAGCUUGUUUUGUAAGAAUAAGUGGUGGAUGGACGAGGGGUCUAGUAAGCUGAGGGUACUACAGUUGGCGUGGCCAAAACUGAGCAAUGAGAUUGAUGUAAGACAGCUCUUGCAAUAUCUUUGCCAGUACUUCUCAGGAGUUUUAUUUGUGGGAAGGCGAAUGGGGAAUGUAAACAUGUCAUUUCAACUGAUUGCCUACGCCUGUGGAUGGGGCAACCAGGAGCUGAAUACCGGACAGCCGAUAUUUCCUGUUGAUACGAACAGGUCAUUGCCAAGUCUGGCAAGUGUGGAAAAUACUGACUGGGUUACUUCUUGGUGAAGUGUCCACUCUGUGGGAAUAAUAAUAACAACAGCAAGACUAAUAUAGCACCAUUCCAUCUAGAUCAUGGCGCUACGCAACACAUGAUAAUGAGACUAUACUGGAAAAACAUGCCUUUUUAAGUGUUUCCUGAAUUAUAAUAUUGUGUCCUGCGACCUAAUGUUUGAUGGUAUUAUGUUCCAAAGCUUUGGGCCAGCAAUUAUGAAGGCUUUAUCUAUGGAGGUGUUUCUAGAUCUUGGGAUUGAGAGGAGUGUGGCAUCACAAUUGGAUUGAAGACCAGGUUGGGACACGUUGAGGUGUAUGAGGUCUUGACAGUAUCGAGGAGCUGUGCGAUGAAGACAUUUGAAGAUGAGAAGAGCCAUCUUGAAAUAAGAUUCUGUUAUGGACAGGAAGCCAAUGAAGUUCAGAGAAUACAAACAAGCUAUUUGGAACAUCCCACAAAGGCAGAGAGUGUGGAGAGGGACAAACGGAAGUAUUGGAAGAUGGCAGCUGACACCCUUAGGGCCAGUGGUGGAGAACCAAAGGACUUGCAGAAGAUUAGGAAAAAGUGGCAAGAUAUUGCAUGUGAUGACUGGAAGUACUACAGGGAAAGACAAACAAUGGAAGAGGACAAAUGCCAGUUUCAGCCAGCCUACAACAUGACACUGGCAUUGUGGAUAGAGAAGGAAACCUGCCCUGAGGCCACCGAAAUUCUGAACCAAGUGGCAGAAGCCGUCAGUCAUACUGAGGACCAUGUGGAUGUUGGGGAAGUAGUGGUUAUGAUGCAACAAGGUUGUGACCCUGAGUCACCAAAAGUGAAGAGGAGAAACUCCUCCACUGCAAGAGACAGCGACGUCAACUAUGACAAGUUUGGAGACAGAAAGAGAGAAGCUUGCUUUGGAGAGGAAAAGACUGUAAAUUCAGAAAGAGCAGCUGCAAGUCUUAAAGGAACUCAACACAAACCAUAAGUAGUUCUUCAAAUAGAAACCUGAAAUAAAUCACAGAACUGUAGGGCCAACUUAUAGCUACAACCUUCACAUACAUUCCAUAUAUAAUUAAAAUUUUUUGUUUGCUCAGCUUGUUUGCACAACUUAAUUUGAAAUAAACUGGAGUAAAACAGUGCAUACUCCCUUGGUUGACACUCACUUUCAAUACAACUUGUUCAAAUUUGGUUUCAUCAGCUGCCUAUGAGAACCCUUUCUUUUUGAGACUUUUGACAAAUUCACGUUAUUGAGGAAAGCUUCCCAAUUUUGUGUUACUCUCAAUUAAACUGGAAAAUAAACAUUCACUAAAACAAAAAGUUGGUUACCUUGUGUUUCAUUCUAGUUGUUUGAAUUUUAGUCUUUUGUAGUACUACGUGUACUAUUAGUAUGCAACAGUGUUGUAUUUGAGUCGAUUACAAGUCUUGUCACAAGUCUGUUCACAA